CAACAUCAUUGUUCACAUGAAAAGAUCUUCGGUUACACAUAAAUAAAAGUAAAUCGUCGUUGAAAUUCCAGUCUCUCUUCUAAUUACAACUCUCCCUAAUGGGUGUUUAGAGAUGACCGGUCAGAAAUAUGUAGUAGUCGGCGCAGGCCCUGUUGGGUCGUUGGCUGCGUUGUAUGCGGCUAAGAGAGGUCACGAUGUGGAAAUAUACGAGCUUCGAGGUGAUCUACGGGAUCCUUCAACGACGCCACUGAACUUCACCAAGUCCAUCAAUCUUGCACUUUCCGAAAGAGGCAUUAAUGCGAUGCGGCAUGCCGACCAACAGGGCCUUCUUGAUCAUGUAGUCUCAGCUACCAUCCCUAUGCGGGGGAGAAUGAUUCAUGGGAAGCGCCCAUCCGGAGAGCUGUAUGAAGAACCUCAAGAUUAUGACAUCCAUGGAAGGACCAUAUUCGCCGUCGAUAGAGCCGGCCUCAACACGCGGCUGCUAGAUAUCCUCGGCGCAAUGCCCAAUGUGAAAUUCUUCUUUAAUUAUAAGCUCACAGGGGCGGAUUUCAAACGGCGAAAGGCCUGGUUUGAGGUCCGCAACCAAAACUCACCCUCAGGUCGACCAGAGGAGAUCGAAAUCUCAUUCGAUUUUAUGAUGGGUGCCGAUGGGGCUCAUUCCGCUGUCAGAUAUCAUUUGAUGAAAUUCACGAGAAUGAAUUACCAACAGGAGUACGUCGAUACUCUGUGGUGCGAGUUUCAAAUCAAGCCAAAAGAGGGGAAUGAGUUACAUGACCAAAAAAGCAAAUUUCGAAUAUCUCCCAAUCACCUUCACAUUUGGCCGGGCAAACAGUUCAUGUUCAUCGCCAUACCAAGCGAAGAUGGUUCUUUUACCUGCACGCUCUUCUUGCCGGGGGCUGAGUUUGCCAACUUGGAAGCAGACCCUUCAAAGUUACCUACCUUCUUCGAUCAACACUUCCCCGGUGUCACCUCACUGAUUGAACCGAGCGAACUCAUCUCCUCAUUCGAGGAAAAUCCACAUCUUCCCCUGAUUAGUAUCAAGUGUCAACCUUACCAUUACUCUAGCUCUGUCGUCAUUUUAGGGGAUGCGGCGCAUGCUAUGGUUCCAUUCUACGGGCAAGGUAUGAAUGCUGGGCUCGAGGAUGUCCGUAUACUCUUCUCUAUCCUGGACAAGCAUGCGGCUGCCGAAAACAAUAAUCCAGACGACCCUGGAUCUGAUGAUGCAGAGUACCAAAGAGGAAUGGCCCUUGCAGAAUACUCAGCCCUGCGUGUUGCCGACGCUCACGCCAUCAACGAUCUCGCUUUGCAGAACUAUGUUGAAAUGCGCGCCUCCGUCUUAAGUCCUACGUAUCGCCUUCGCAAGUUCUUGGAAGAGUUUAUGUCUGUCCAUCUGCCUAGCCUUGGUUGGCAGACUAAGUACUCUCGAGUCAGUUUCGGAAAUGAAAGAUAUUCCGAGGUGGUAGCAAAGAGCAAUCACCAAGGCAAAGUCCUUCUGCGCGGGCUUAUUGCCAUGCUAUGCAGCCCGGUCCUUGUAGGGGGUUUGGGUCUGUAUCUUACCCAACGUCGUGGUUCUGGUAGCGUGCCUCUCCUCGACGUCAUUCGGAACUUGACCCGACGAUGAAUUUGAAUUGACGACCCCAGGGUUACAGCGCCCAAUGCAACAGCUAUCAAUUCAAUAUUUGGUAUAUGUAUGCCUACUAAGUAUCCGAGACCGUGCUUCACAAUGGCUCGCUUAUCCCCUACUAGAUUACAACGGUACCUGUACCUAUUGAUUUUUAUGUCUAGUAAGAUAAUACUUAUCGACCACAGCCACAAAUUGUAAUAUGAAUGGAAAGACGCCAACCUCCACGUACCGAAAAAUACAGAAGGCAAAUGUCUCCUGGCGACUCGUCAUCAAGAGAAAAAGAGCGAAGUAUUGAAUGAUAUUCCGCGGAGUAGAAUGUACUCCCCUAAAUUUGAUCAUGAACAGUGGUUAGGGGUUUCUAUAAGGUCGUAGAGAUGAAUCAUAUCAUUAAUAUUCUAAGCCUGAAGUUUCCAAAUUCCGAGUAUCUCGGGUGAGGUUGAAUUUCUAUCAAAAUGGCCAUCUCACACCCCUCUAGGGGUUCAUCUCAUGCUGAUGCGGUCAUUAAGUGGGGGCAGCGGCAUGAGCGGAGAUAGGAGGUUAGAGCGGACUUUACUCGAUCAAGCGGCA